UUGAUGCAGGGAAAAAGAGAAAAAGAUUUGGAAGUGCAAUAAACAAAGCAAAACGAGUGCCUCUCUCUCUCUCUCUCCCUUUUUAAAUAGACAUAAAGCCUAAGACACCACAUGAAUUAUUACUAGAGGCAAAAAAACCAUAAAUAGAUAAAAAAAAAAAAAGCAGAGAUAGAGAAAAGAAAGAGUGAGAGAUAUGUAUAGGUUCAGCAACACAGUGAUCGGGUUCUUGAACUUGUUCACUCUUUUAGCAUCAAUUCCCAUAAUUGGAGCAGGUUUAUGGAUGGCAAGGAGCAGCACAAGCUGUGAAAAUUUUCUCCAAACUCCACUUCUGAUUAUAGGCUUUGUUGUGCUUUUGAUAUCACUAGCAGGCUUCAUUGGUGCUUGCUUUCAUGUGGCAUGUGCACUUUGGUUGUACUUAGUGGUCAUGUUGUUCCUCAUAGCAGCACUGCUGAGUUUGACUAUAUUUGGUUUUGGUGUAACUAGCAAGGGUGGUGGUGUAGAAGUGCCUGGUAGAGUUUAUAAGGAGUAUCAUCUUCAGGAUUACUCACCAUGGUUGAGGAAGAGAAUAAAGGAUCCUCGCUAUUGGAACACUAUCAAAAGCUGUAUUUUGGGGUCUAACACUUGUGCCAAGCUUAUCUCUUGGACCCCUCUUGACUAUAUGCAGAGGGAUAUGUCUCCAAUACAGUCAGGAUGUUGUAAGCCACCAACUGCUUGCACUUACAACAACAUGGAAACAAUGAUCACACAAGACCCUGAUUGCUACAGGUGGAACAAUGCCCCAACUUUGCUAUGCUAUGAGUGUGAUUCUUGCAAAGCCGGUGUACUUGAAGACAUAAGACGUAAUUGGCACAAGCUCUCUGUUCUCACUGUCACCAUGCUUGUGCUUCUCAUUGGGAUUUAUUCCAUCGGGUGCUGUGCUUUCAGAAACACAAGAAGAGCUGAAACGGAUUAUCCAUAUGGUGAAAACCGGAUGACCAAAGUCCGACCCAGAUGGGAUUAUCAUUGGUGGAGAUGGUUGCAUGACAGGAAAGAACAACUUUAUUAGCUGAGAAGCAGCUCUACCAUCCAUCCAUGCUUGGGUGUUCCGUUCCAUAGAUGGGUCAAUUCACUAUUUUCUUGGUGCAUGGGAAGGCCUUUGUUUCUAACAGCUUCCCAAUUGGCUGCUUUUUUGUACAAAGCUUGAUUUUGCUUUAUCUCAAAUGUUAUAACAGACCAGUACUUUAUGUUGCCUUUUCUCAUUAG